UGAACUGACAGCAGCGCCGCAGCAGCAGCAGCAACAAUCGAGGAAAAACAUUUUACCAUGGGCAACGCUCUGAACCAUUAUAUGAAACCAGAUGUAACGCCCGGGCCGGAUGUGGUGCCCAGCUUCGAUCCCAUGUUGGGCUUUGAGUCCCGCAAGGAGCGCGUCAUGAUUGCCACCCAAGAGGAGAUGGAAUCGGCCAAGCUGCCACUGGAUGCCCGCGACUAUUGUGCCCACAAACUGCUCGCCUAUCAGUCCUGUCGCGCCGACAAGUUCCCCUUUGUCUACCAGUGCGCGCACGAGAAGCAUGACUAUCUCACCUGCGAAUACGAAGACUAUGUGCUGCGCAUGAAGGAGUUCGAGCGGGAACGCCGGCUGCUGGAGCGCCAGAAGCGUCUCAACAAGCAGGGCUAAGCUUAAACGUUCAGUACAGUUCGGCCGGCAAGCGGAGCAGCUGCGUCAACUGUGGGCAACUUCGCAAGCAAGCACACACUGCCCGUCGCAAGCGGAAAUUUCAAUAAAUACUAUGCCUAGUAAUAAUAUGGAUCUGUUUUUUUUUUUUUUUUAGUAAAUUAAAUGAGCGCGAAAACUGUUGAAACCAAAAA